AUGGGGUGCCAAAAUUCAAAGCUCAAUCGGGAUAUACUGGCCAUACCUCCAAAGCUCCGCCCUCUCCUAUGGCGCAAGGUCGAGGAGCUGCGGCGGAGAAGAAGCGCCGCCACCGCCAAUGGCGGGACCCUCUCGAAGAAAGAGCUAUUGACGGACGGCGUCCGCGAAGAAAGCGAUGCCUUUUCACGUGAUCAUGAAUCUCUGCAUGAAAAUUAUGAAAGAAACGACACGACGUCUUCGCCGGGUCAUGAAAGCGUUUCUUCUUCUGCGUCACAACCGAAAACAAUAAUAACGGAAGAGGACAAGAAGAAGACGUCUGAGGAGGAGAUCGUAGAACCGGAGAAAACAGAGAUUAAUAUGGAGAAUGAAGGAGAUCAAGAAGCAAAAAUAUGUCCAAGCUCACCAAGUUUUAGAGUAUAUUUCAUCGAGUCGUUGGAUCAAGAGGAGGAGGAGAAGAAAGAUGAUGAUGAGCCUGAUCAUGAGGAUAAGGACGACAGUAAGGAGAAUGAGAAUGACAUGCAAAAGGAAUGGAACAGAGAGAACAGCGUUGAAAGCGUUGUAUUGAUAGAUACUCAUGAGGACCAGGAGACCAAGAUAGUAAAGAAGAAAUCAGGGAAAAGCCGAAUGAGAUUCAGGAGGGCAUUGUGUAGAGGAGGACCAGUCGCUGUAAAGCAUCUACUAAACGUUAGAUCAUGUUACCAUCCUAGCAGUGACAGAGCCUCUCUUCUUGCCAAGAAAUCAGCCCCUUGA